AUGAGCUGCGCAGGGGCGACAGCGGCUCGUCCUCUGUGGCAACUGUGCAUGGGUCCUUGGCGGCCCUUUUCAGCUUGUGGAAGGAAGGUUGCUGCCAGAUCUUACAGUUCAGGAAUGACCUUAGACAAUAUCAACCGGGCAACUGUGGAUCGGAUCAUCCGGGUGGAUCACGCUGGCGAAUAUGGAGCCAACCGCAUCUAUGCUGGGCAGAUGGCCGUGCUGGGCCGGACGAGUGUCGGGCCAGUCAUCCAGAAAAUGUGGGAUCAAGAAAAGGACCACUUGAAGAAGUUCAAUGAGUUGAUGGUUACAUUUAGGGUCCGACCAACAAUUCUGAUGCCUUUUUGGAAUGUGAUGGGGUUUGCCCUGGGAGCUGGCACUGCCUUGCUCGGGAAGGAAGGCGCGAUGGCUUGUACCGUGGCUGUGGAAGAAUCCAUAGCCCAUCACUAUAACAACCAGAUCAGGACGCUGAUGGAAGAGGACCCUGAAAAAUACCAGGACCUUCUUCAGGUCAUAAAGACAUUUCGGGACGAAGAGCUUGAGCACCACGAUAUAGGCCUCAACCACGCCGCUGAAUUGGCUCCAGCAUACACCCUUUUGAAGAGUGUUAUUCAAGCCGGAUGCAGCGCAGCGAUAUAUUUAUCAGAAAGAUUUUAAAUUAUGUCCACAUAACCCUGACUAGAAGAGAUGCUAGGCAUUU